CAAAUGUUUUUUUCGCCCCUCUUCUUCUCUCUUCAAUCCGACUGUCCUCCAUGACACUUUGGAAGUGAACUUUAGCGAUCUAUCGAGAAACUUUUCUAAAACUCUGUCACAAAGUUUGUUUGGAUCGGAAGACCGCCACGUACUACGACGACGACGACGACAAAGGGCGCAGAAGCGGCCGCGGUGGGCUAGCGCACGUCGAGGAGCGCAAGGAGAGCGCGGACAGAGAUGUAGUGUGUGUGGCCCAUCAUGCACCUCUUCCUGCUGCUCAUCCUUCACGCCGCAGCAGCCGUGGCACAAGUUGACCCAGCACACUGUCGCUAUGCCCUCGGGAUGGAGGAUGGGCGGAUCAAGGAUAAUGACAUCACAGCUUCCAGCCAAUGGCACGAGACCACAGGACCGCAGUACGCCAGGUUGAACCGCGACGACGGCGAUGGCGCCUGGUGUCCUGGAGGACAACUAGAAGCGUCCGACUCUCAAUUCCUGCAGGUGGACUUGCGUCGUCUGACCUUCCUGACGGUGGUGGCCACUCAGGGACGCUACGCACGCAACGGUAUCGAGUUUGCACGAGCGUACAGCCUAAACUACAGCAGGGAUGGAGUCGUAUGGAAGUCAUGGAGGAAUCGUUUGGGAAGCACGGUAAUGGAAGGCAACAACAACGCGUAUGCGCCCGUCAUCAACGACCUCCACCCUCCGGUGGUGACGCGCUGGGUGCGCUUGAUUCCUCUCACCGAGCUGUCCACCGUUUGCAUGCGGAUGGAACUGUACGGCUGUCCCUGGGAAGACGGUCUGAUCUGGUACAGCGCUCCCGAGGGGCAGCCGAUGGCACAGCCCGGCUUUCCCACCGCCAUUCUUAACGACUCCACCUAUGACGGCACCCACCAGAAGAGGAAGUUGUCAGGUGGUUUGGGCCAGCUGACGGACGGCGUGGUAGGGCUGGAUGACUUCCUGUUGACGCGGCAGUACCCCGAGUGGCCCGGUUAUGACUACCUGGGCUGGAAGAACGGCUCAAUGGGGGUGGACCAAAGCGUGGAAAUGGACUUUGUCUUUGACCGACAGAGGAACUUCACCUCCAUGAAGGUCCACAGUAACAACAUGUUUUCCCGUGGCGUGAAGAUCUUCUCGUCGGUGUCGUGCCGAUUCAAACCCCGCCCCUUGGCCUCAUGGGAGGCGGAGCCUGUUGUUUUCCACACGGUUCUAGACGACCGGAACCCUAGCGCUCGCUACGUGACUGUGCCGCUCGAGCGCCGUGCCGCCGUCGCAAUCCGAUGCCGCUUCGCCUUUGCCGACUCCUGGAUGAUGUUCAGCGAGGUCUCCUUCCAGUCAGAAGACACAUCGACGUCAGUGACUCCACCGUCCGUCAGCGACUCGAGCACGGCCCCGUCCGUAGCCGCUGCUGACCCAUCUGCCAGCGCUGUGCCCAACGACAGCAACGCACCCGUUCUGAUUGGCUGUCUAGUGACCAUCAUCCUACUGCUGGUUAUCAUCAUCUUCCUCAUCCUGUGGUGCCAGUAUGUGUGUAAAGUUCUGGAGAAGGCUCCACGCAGGAUCCCGGGUGAGGAGAUGACUGUGCGCCUGUCGUCCUGCAGCGACACUAUCAUCCUGCAGACACCCCCUGUUCCCCCCCGUAUCCCCGGAGGCCCGGUCCAGUCAGAUCCCCACUACGAGCGAGUCUUCCUGUUGGACCCGCAGUACCAGAACCCCGAAACGCUGCGGAACAAACUGCCCGAGCUCUCGCAGAGCGCCGAAGCCUCAGCGUGCGGCGGCGGCUACGCCGAACCCGACGUGACGCAGUGCACGCCGCACCAGUGUUUCCAUAGCAACGCGCCGCACUACGCCGAGACGGACGUCGUGCGUCUCCAGGGCGUGACGGGCAGCAACAUGUACGCCGUGCCCGCCCUCACUGUCGACUCGCUGACGCGCAAGGACAUCUCUGCCUCCGAGUUCCCGCGCCAGCGGCUGAUCUUUGGUGAAAAGCUGGGCGAGGGACAGUUUGGAGAGGUGCACCUGUGCGAGGCCCAGGGGCUCGCCGCCUUCCUGGGGGAGGAGGAGGAAGGGGGCCCGACCACAUUGGUGGCGGUAAAACAGCUGCGGGCAGACGCCACCAGCCAGGCCAGGAACGACUUCCUGAAGGAGAUCAAGAUCAUGUCCCGGCUGAACCACGCAAACAUCAUCCGAUUGCUGUGCGUGUGCGUGACGUCCGACCCACUGUGCAUGGUGACUGAGUACAUGGAGAACGGAGACCUCAAUAUGUUCCUGUCUCAGCGCGAGAUGGAGAGCACGCUCACACAUGCCAACAACAUACCCUCCGUCAGCCUGGCGGACCUGCUGCACAUGUCGGUGCAGAUCUCAUCAGGUAUGAGGUAUCUUGCCUCAUUGAACUUCGUGCACCGUGAUCUGGCCACAAGAAACUGCCUGCUGGAUCGCCGCCUCACUAUCAAGAUCGCCGACUUCGGGAUGAGCCGAAACCUCUACAGCAGCGACUACUACCGCAUUCAAGGCCGCGCCGUGCUGCCAAUACGUUGGAUGGCCUGGGAGAGCAUCCUGCUGGGCAAGUUCACCACCUCCAGCGACGUGUGGGCGUUUGGUGUGACCUUGUGGGAGAUCUUCACGCUUUGCAAAGAGCAACCCUACAGCCUGCUGACGGACCAACAGGUCAUAGCCAACACUGGAGAGUUCUUCAGGAACCAGGGCAGACAGGUGUUCCUGUACGCUCCUCCGCUUUGUCCCCCAUCCCUCUUUGAGCUGAUGAUGCGAUGUUGGAGGCGGGACAUCCCAGACAGACCCUCCUUUGAGGGGCUCUACCAGGCCCUCAGACCCCACGUCAAUCAGUGACCAAGCGGAACAGGCCUGCCCGACUCCAAUCCAAAGGGGAAGUUUGCAGAGAAACAUUUCAACCUUCUUUUUUUCAGGACUCGUAAACCUUUUCAGCCUUCCCUUUCUCAUUCCUGUGGUCCUUCUUCUCGUCAAGAGAGCACUGUGUUGGAGUGUACGCGUCCUGUCCUGUUUGUGUUCUAAGCACACUGGAACUCAGAGGAGGGUCAACUUUUUAUUUUAUUGUUGUGUCGCCAGCAGUUUUAUAGCACACAGUUUGUAGCAACACAUUCCACUUUCUAUGUUCUCAGCGUGUCAAAUGUACAUCAGCGUGACUCGGUACAUUUACAUGCUUGUCUGAGUGUUCAAAUUUUAUGUUGUUCUGUAUCUGUGUCACAAAUGCACAAACAUGCAGCCAAUAUUUUGUUAACUCAUUCAUUAACCAAAAAAUGAUUUGACUCGAUUCCUUGCGCGCAGAGUAGCUUAAGCUAGUUACUGGCAUGUUAGUCAAAAUAUGACUUUUGGUCUUUUUUGGUUUUUUGCUAGCGUUUAACAAACUACCUUCAUCGUGACGUCCAUAGGUCCACUUUUAAGCUCAGACUUGACUACUGGAGUUUGUUACCAUUAAGAAUCUUCGUAGUAGCAUUUGUGGCUAAACAGCUGCUAGCUUGUUUACUAAGUGGAUAUUUCAGCCUUUCUGGGCCUUUCAACCCCCCUAUCCCUUGUCUUUUUGUCUUUUAUGCAGUAAAUAUUCAAUUAAUUACUACAUACAUUUAUUAUUUAACAUGUAAAUGGUCACAAUCAUCCUGACGUGGAUUUUUUUCAAACUUGUUUUCUUAACACUCGUCUUUUUGUAAUUGCAGUUUUGGGUGCCUCUUAUUCACGACAGCGAUGCUACGUGCUAUGCUACGUGCUAAAUGUCAAUUAGCAAAAUAACCUCUAAAGCUCAAUGUUUUGCUUAUGUGGAGCUGAGUGAAUGCUAACAAGAACUGAUAAGAACUGCUUGUCAAUGUCAAUCAAACCUUCGUUUUGUUUUUUUGUUUUGUUAACCCCCGCUAUUUACAUUAUUUGCAGCAUUGUGUUGUGGUCCAAAAACUUUUUUCUUUUGUACAUAGAACAUUUUUAAUAUAUCACUACAAGCUUUGUAAUCUGCCAUCUUGGAUUUCUUCAUGAAUAAAUAAAUGAA